AUGUAUGCCCAUAGAGGUGGUUUCAAAACGUCCGGUGUCGUAUUAAGUACCGAAGCGAUAUCAGACUCUGUCGAGGAAUGUGGAGGAAAUGUUGGGGAACGGAAUUGUGACAACUCAACCAGAGAAGUUGCUCGAGAAGAGGUCUUCGGAGUGUAUGACACGGACGUAGUAGAAGAUGAUUGCGAGCUGCAUCCGCUGCGAAUUGUGGAGAAAGUAUUGGGAACAACCAAAAAAUUUCAACGACCAUUCCGUAACAUUGUGCUUGCGAGCGAUGGGUGCGAGCUAUCCUGUGAUAUAGCAUUAUCUGCGUUCAACAAAGAACUACUGAUGUUAUUGGAAUUCGAAGAGAUCUGGACUCCUGAAGGAUUUUAUGCUAACGAUACACAAACACUAAGAAAAGAACAAGAACUUCAACAAAUGCCUAUAGAUCAGUUAAUAGUUUCACCUAUCCAGAACACGCACGCUAUAGGUGGAGCAGAAUCGUCGACAUUGCAGGCAUUCAAUAUUGAUCCAAACGUCAUGACCAUUAUUCCCAACCAAUCCAUAUCUGUAUCAAAUCCUCUCAUUGAGAGAUUUUUAGCUAGAGGAAUAACGGAUCAGGAUAUUUCAUUACAACAACCGUCCACAUCACAGCAUGUAAAUGACACAGAUUAUUCGAUUACUGAACAGGAGGACAACGUCAACCAAGUAUCGGAUAAGGACUCAGACGAUCCUACGAUUGAAGAAAACCAAUCUUAUAACCUGACAAGAAAGCGACCAGAAUCCGUAGAAGUACUAAAAAGUACAAAAAAGCAUGCUGCUUCUGAAAUGAAAUUUCGUUGCUUUGAAAUUAAUUGGAACAAACUGAGCGAUAAUAUUUUGAAUAAGCUUAACACUUUGCAAGAAUUUAAAAUUAAUAACCCUAAUGCCCAGAUUCCAGCUGCACUUCGCAUGACUAAAGGUGAUACCAGCAGUUUAAUCAACAAUAUCGUUGAUCAGUUAAGGGCGAUUGAUACCGAUAUAAAGGCAAGUGUAAUGGAAACAGUCGCUAAACAGUUGCUUUCCAAAUAUUCAUGCCUCGAGAUGGUCGAUGAUGAUGGAUAUAAGAACGGGACGGACCACGUUGUUAUUAAGCACAAAAUGAUCAGCCACAACGCGUAUUUGAAUCGCUUUCGACCAUUCCAGGAGAACAUUCCUCCCUCCAAUAAAGGACGAAACGUACGAGCUGGUACAUUGAAGAGCUAUUGGAAAUGUUCGAAGAAGGAAUGCGCGAAAGAUGUACUGUCUAAGCUCCGUCGAGAUGAACCGGAAUUGUUAACAGACGAAUUUCUUGCAUCGUCGCAAAGUUUUGUUAGAUAUCAACUAACUGAAACUAAGGAUAUCAAGAAGCUACUGUCGGAAUACCCUGUUCUACGACGGCGAGGUUUAUUGAAUUACCACUUUGCGCAAGCCACAGGGGUUUGUGUUGAUGAUUUGCGCAAAUAUUAUGAUAUGAAGCGACCAAAGAUAAUCAAUUACUCUAUUACUGCUGGUCGAAAAUUUGUGAAACUCGACAACGAAUGCAGUGAUAUGGAAGUACUUGGGUUUUUGGCUUGCCUUGUAGGAGAGAACAUCAACGAUCUAAUUGUCAAAAAGGAGAUUGGAACACACCUCGACGAGAUUCAAUUGGAUUCAGCCGGACCCCUACUGGUAUCUGUGGAUAUGGGACAAGAUACUUCAAUAUACUACGUUUUCGCUGAUCAGGCGCGCCUCUCCGAAGGUACUGCUGAUGCCAUUUGUGCCAUGCAAGAUCUGCUGUGUGUACAUUUUGUGCACAGCUUUAAGUAUCUGAAAAUAGCAUCAAAGUUUCUAGAGCUUUUGCAACAGUAUUUUUUAAAGAUAAUACCUUCAUCUGGAUCCAAAUCGAAUGCUUACAGGGUAGGCAACAAACAGCGCAUUGUUCAAAAAGUUAUUGAACUAUUGUCGAGACAUGUAUACAAAUAAGACUACUAUAGAAAAUUAAGCGAAAUCGAGUUAGGAUUUGGAAGAGGGAAUUUAAGCAGAGUAACAAAAGUUAUAGAUUUAGUAAACUUGAACCGAUAUUUUAAGUUAUCAUAGAUCUUUCAUGUAAGGUUUUCUUAUUUGAUAAGCUGAUGUUAUUAUUUUGCCAGUCCAAAUGGUUUUAGUUGAAAUCAGCAAGUAAAAGUAAGCACCUAAAUAUCUCUUUUGUAACAUUAUAUGUAGACCAUUAUUUGCUUUCUACAUAACCGGUCAGUAACAUGUGAUUAAUAAAAAUUAUAACAAAGCAACUGUUUUUUCUUUU